CCCCUCUUGCAAUUCUAUCUUAUCCCUUUCAUAAUAUAGAUGUUCCAUAUUCUAAGCCAUUUCACAGACUUUUCAUAUGGUACUGACUUUGAGUAAUAUGAUAGGGUGAUUAGAUGGCAGAUUACAACAGAAGUGAAGGGUAUAAUGCAUCAUCCUCAGACGACAAGGUUGCUUCAAUUGAUAAGAAAUAUGCAGGCCUAAUGCCAAAAAAGAAACCUCUAAUCUCUAAGGAUCAUGAACGUGCCUUCUUUGACUCGGCUGACUGGGCUUUAUGCAAGCAAGGUGCAGGAGUUGAUCAACAAUCAAUGGUGGUUAUAGAGACAUUACAACCAAAAUUAGAGAGAACACCACACCAGCAACUACCACCUCGAAAGCCUGCUUGUACAUCUGGAAGGGACAACUAUGGCAGAUCCUAAGUGUAUUGGUUUGUUGUAUUUAAGACAACAUUAUGGUUUAUAAGUAAUCAAAACUACAUGCCUGCCACAAGACGAUUGGAUCUUCUUGUCAUCUCUAGAUUGCAUCGAAAGUUAAUGUAGUUGGGUUUAAUGUGAAUAAAAUAGAAGAAUAGCAAUACUUUUUCAUGCCUAAUACACACAUAUAUAAUGUAAUGUAUGUAUGAUUGUUAAAUGGACGAAUCUUUUGUGUA